AUGACCCAUUUAUUAACACAGGUCUCGCAGUCCUCUCUGGGCGAGACGUGUGCCUUCUAUUUGGAUUACAUUACUGGCAACGUGCCCCCGUCCCUACGCUCGCUGCAGCACAAAUUUGUCACCAACACUCUAACCUUGCGCGCCCUUGCUCCCCGCCCGCACUGGAUCGCGGAUCUUCAUCACGUCUUCGCCGCUGACCAACAGCGCACUACUACUACCCUCGUCGCCGUCACUCUUGUUCUCGCUGCUGCGAUCGCCGUUGUGAUCAUCAUGUCUUGGCGCAGCCGCUUCACCAAUCUCUGGCCGCCUCGGUCCCCUUACUACUCGGGCGUCUCGAACCCGCCGCACGUCAGCGAAAGCGACUACAGCUACAUCUCGCCGGAUCAGAUUGUCGAGCCGCCCUCUCGCACCUACGACGACCAGGACAACGAGCCCGAUAUCCUGCUGCUUAAACAUCGCAAGAACACCUACGAGCUGCGGUUCCCCGCGUACGCGAUCAAUGACGGCGUGCUCAGCGUGGGCCAGCUGAGACGACGGGCCGCGGAAGUGACGCAGGCCCCGGACCCGAAACGAAUCAAAUUGCUCUACAAGGGAAAGCUGCUGGACGACGAUUCGCUGCCCUGCCGCGCGGAGGGACUCAAGCAGGAUUCCGAAGUGUUCUGCGUCGUGUCGGAGGUGCGCCCGGGUGAGAGCACGCCCAGCGACGUGUCUGACGCCGAGAUCGAGAAGUCGUCACCGGCGGGAGGCGCCGAGAAGAGGAAGCGCAAUCGCACUAGGAAUAAGAACAAGAAGGGCAAGGGCAAGAACAAGGAUAAGCGUGCCGACGAGUCCGGCCCCGUUCCCCCGCCCGCUGUCGACCGGCCGAAACCGACGUCCGCGGGCAUGCCCGCUCCGGCUCCCAACUUGAAGACCCUCCCUACCUCGAUCGAGCAGGUCUCGGCGCUGGCCGGGUACUUCUACACGGAGCUGGCUCCCCUGUGCGAGGCCUACAUUGCCAGCCCGCCGACGGACCCCAAGGCGCGCGAUUUCGAGCACAAGAAGCUGAGCGAAACCAUCAUGGCGCAAGUGUUGUUGAAGGCGGACGGCAUUGAGCCCGACGGGCAGGAAGAGACUCGCAAUGCGCGCAAGGCGCUGAUCAAGGAAACGCAAUCGGUCCUCGGAAGACUUGAUCAGGCGGUGAAAUCAUAA